CUCGUUAGCAACUACAUGAAGAUGCCCAUUCCUUUCACCCUCAUUUCGAGUAACCAUGGCACCACGAGAUAGUGUCACCGCUCAGAAGACCAGAAGGCAGCCCGUGAAGCUACCACAUCAAGGUCAUUUAUCCGCCUCCUCCAGUACUCGACUCACCAGCAAAGCGGAACGCCCUCAAGGCAUCAAGAAGGGACAAAAGCAAAACCCUCCUCGACGGAGCGCCCGUUUGGACCGCUUGGUUGAGAAGGCUCAUCCAAAAGCCAGGGAGCAGCCUCUACCAUCUCCAGUCAGCGACAUUCAAAGUCCUAAUCGUGCCCACACGCCUCGUAACCCUCUACCAUCGAAGCCUCCGAAGCGGAAACGAGAAACUGAACAGCAACUAAACCCGCCCUCUCCAAAACGAUCGCGAACAUCUUGUCCCAGCCCCUCUCUUCAGGACGUGGAUUCUGUUACAUAUUGGACGCAGACAUACCACUGGCCGCGAGGAUACUUCAACGAAAGUGGCGAAAUGAGUCACUUAUUGGCGAGAAAGAAAUCCGCCACCUCCCUUCGCCGAAAGCGGUCGGAUAGCGAGUCUGGCGUACUAAGCUCAAAUACACCGAGUGACCAAAAGCCUCGAGAGGAGAAGAGUGCUCCUUAUCAAGACCCACGCUACAACUCGCUUCUCGAGGCGAAAGGCAGCUUUAUGGGCAAGUAUGUUGGCCGGACUGAAGAGGGUCCUACAACAACAAGCAAGAAAGAGUACAAGUCCUUGCUUGAAGCCGAGCAGGUAAUUCCCGAACAUACCUUGUUUCAGGAUGAUUUCUUCGAGGAUACCUGCGAGAUGAUACAGAACAGAAACGAAGCAAAGGUCAUUCAGGAUAUUGCAAGACUCAUAGUACCUUCCGCGCAGUCAUUGGCAGUUCAAGGGGCGAAGCGUUUAAGGUGUCUCAUUGAGAGCGUCAACGAGGGGUGGAACAAUUCUAUCCCAGUCACCAAAACACGACCUCAACCAGACUAUUCUGUGGGGUUCAAACGCUCGGCAUUCACAGAAGAUCAACUUCAGAAACUCCAACCAUUCGUGGGCGACCUCUUCGACAACUCCUUUUUCAUGGGGACAUGGUACAUGUACUUUCCCUUCUUCUCGAGCGAAGUGAAGUGCGGUGCGGCCGCACUUGACGUAGCUGAUCGACAGAACGCGCACAGCAUGACGCUCGCUGUUCGAGGAGUCGUGGAACUGUUCAGGCUCGUGAAGCGCGAGAACGAGCUUCAUCGGGAGAUCCUCGCCUUUUCCAUCUCACACGACAACCGAUCGGCGAGAAUUUAUGGUCAUUAUCCCGUGAUUGAGGGCAAAAAGACCACGUUCUACCGUCAUGCGAUCCGUGACUUCAGCUUUACUGAAUUGGAUGGGAAGGAGAAAUGGACGGCAUACAAGUUUACCAAGAGUGUCUACCAUACCUGGAUGCCUGCUCACUUCAAAAGGCUUUGCUCUGCAAUCGAUGCAAUACCACCAGAUAUACAUUUUGAAGUCUCGGAGGAAUCGGAUCUACAAUUCCCUUCAUCAUCAGGACUUUCACAGGGUCUGGAAAGCCACCACCUCUCGGACCUAGAAACUACAGGUGAUGAAGAGCUGAGGCUCCUCGAUCCCCAGGAAGUGACACCAGAAACUUCUGUUUCCAAAACAUCAGAACAGGCGACGUUCAAGAAACCAAAGAAGAGAUGAGACUCGGUAUUCACAUGGCUAGAGAACUACUCGAGAUAGAAAGGUGGGAUUGGGGCAAAAUCAUUUCGACGAUGUUACUGCUCACAAUCUGCUAUUAUCAUGGUGUUCGGGCACAAGUUUGGUCCCAACGGAGAGUCACUGGUACAUGGCUGAGAGAAAUUCUGGAUAUGAUUUAUUGUGAAUGCUUUGUGCGAUAUAAUUACUUCGCUGGGGCAAUACGUCCUUUCGGGCAUGACUCCUGAACGUUAUCUCUGCCCCUGCAAACAGGUUGAUAUCGUGAUUGCAUUCUCUUGUCUGCAGUAGUCUUCGUGUUGCUGCCUGGAGAAAGUGUGAGACAAGGGAGAAAUCCAAAAACCAUAUAGUAAAUCAGGCUUUUCGAAA